GCUCUCAGUGCUCUGCACUGCUCAGAGUCCUUCCUGUUUUAGAAAUUUCAAGGAAGCAGCAGCAACUGGACAGUCGCAUAUGUAGCCAACUAAUGGAUGCAUCACAGUGAUCCCCAGGAGCAAAGGACCCAUGCUCUCUUAUCUUUGUGCUGCCACACCAGCCCUGUACAUAUUGUGGAUUGCCAUGGCUGCUCAGGCUGCUGGCCAGGAGGACAGAGAGAAAACUACUGCACUCAAAGAUUUGCUGUCAAGAAUAGACUUAGAUGAACUGAUGAAGAAAGAUGAACCUCCUUUCACUUUCCCCAAAACACUAGAGGAGUUUGAGUAUGCCUUCAAUGAACAUGGCCAGCUCAGACAUACAAAAACAGGAGAACCCUUUGUGUUCAAUGCCAGAGAGGAUCUCCACCGCUGGAACCAGAAACGCUAUGAAGCUCUUGGAGAGAUCAUCACUCAGUAUGUUUAUGAGCUGUUGGAGAAAAAGUGCAACAUGACUAAAGCAUUCCUGCCAGUGGAUUCCACAGAAGAUGAACCCACCAGUUUUAUCUAUCUGAGUCCAGAUGCCUUGUCAAACCCGUCCAAGCUGCUGGUGCUGAUCCAGGGCAGUGGCGUAGUCCGGGCUGGUCAGUGGGCCCGCAGGCUAAUCAUCAACCAGGACCUGGACUCAGGGACUCAGAUCCCCUUCAUCAACAGAGCCAUGGAGGACGGCUAUGGUGUGAUGGUGCUCAACCCCAAUGAGAACUACCUAGAGGUGGAGAAGCCAGCCAAGUCCUCUCCCCUGCCCUCUCCCACUGAACCCUCGGACGAACCAGCUGAAAAGAGGGAACGCAAAGAUGACAAAGAGGGCAAAAAGAAGAGAGAAUUUUAUGAGAAGUACCGUAACCCACAGAAGGAGACGGAGACGGAACGUAUCCCUAUACGGGAAAAUGGUUCCUCCGAGGAACACGUGCUAUACGUGUGGGACCACUUUGUGUCCAAAGCCGCAGCCAAGAAUGUCUUCAUCAUGGCCCACAGCUAUGGAGGGCUGUCUUUCGUUGAGCUGAUGAAUCAGAGGGAAAUGCAGGUGAAGAAUAGAGUGUGUGCCGUGGCUCUGACUGACUCUGCUCACAACAUCUGGCUGCAGGAGACCAGCAAAGGCACACAGGACUGGAUGCAGCAGCACUGUUAUAACUGGGUAUCGAGUGCAGAACCCCUGGACACACCACUGGAAUCCAUGCUGCCAGACUGCCCCCGAGUCUCUGCAGGCACAGAGAGGCAUGAGCUGACUUCCUGGAUGAGUUUCAUGUCCAUCUUCAGGUUCUUCAGUGAGGCCCUGGAGGCGAAAGAGGACGAGGCGGCAGAAGAGACCCCCAACACCGUCACCACACGCAGCAGCUCCCUUAAAAACAGACAUCAAGAUUUGUAGAGGACCAACAACAGUGACAUGGAACAAGAGGAGAGGGAGUCAAGGGAUCAGAGGGGGGGAAUGCAGAAAGGGAGGCUAUGGUUCCCUGAUCCUCUCUGCUAUUUUUUUCUUUCUCCCUCAGUAUCCUCCAUCUUUCCUACUCACUCUUCUCCUUGAGCGUCAUUUCUCCCUUCCAGCCCUCCCUGGCUCUGCGCACACAUAGCCUUGUUGUUGUAAGAGACAAGAGUACAGGGUCACCAUGUAUACAUCACAGUAACGUUUUGCAUUACUUCUAGAUGAGCGCAACUGUCAAAGCAAUAUGGGCCUGAGUGUUAGUGCUUCCCGUGGGCUGUGGCCUGGCUGCGGGUACGGGCCACGGCAGCAGAGAUUAAGGCUGACAGGCGCUGUGCACAAUGCGCUGUGGUGCACCUCUAAUUGUCCUGACAUCAGCCUGAACUGAGCUAAUGCCCCGCCUGCCCUCCAGUCUGCACUGCUCAGUCUCUCCCUCCUCUCCCUCUCCCCCCUCUCCUGGUCCCAAAGCCUGGACUGCUUAUCCUGAAAUCAGCUCAUGCUGUCUGAAAUCUUCUGCUAAGACUCACUAUCAUUUCAGCGUGGCCAAUGCCCAUCUUAAGUUUUUUUUCAGCCCAUACCCACCACAAAUGUUUUUAGAAAGCGUGAACACACACUCUUAGCUGGUUUCUUUUGGGUGUUGUUUUUAUGAUUUAUUCUUUAUUCUUUAACUCCUCUGCACAUGCAGUUAGCUUUUAAUCCUGACCUUUUUCAUUCAACUUUGUGUAAAAUGUGGUUCUAACCCAUGUAUUUCUGGGAUUGCAGUGCUGGAUAAUGGAGAUCUCUUUUUUUUUCUCAGCUUUGAGCUAAAUUUGAAUGCACUCUCUCAUUCACACUAUUUGAUUUUUAAUAUUAAGCCAAUACUUCUCAUAACUGUAUGUGUUUACUUUAGAAUAUCUCUGGGUUUGAUUUGCAAAACUGUGGAGAGUCCACCUCUCUGUGUUUAUUAUAAACAUAUAUCUCUUUUUUCAGUUUUAUAUCCUUGAAAUUGAUGUCUCUGGAUGAUUGAAUGUGAUGAAACAAAUAAAACAAAACACAACCAGUGCUGAAUAUGGAAAAUUCAGGACACUGAGCAUAUUUAAAAUCACUUAAAGUCAAGCAUCAAAAUGGGUUUGAGGGAUAUCUCAUUUUAACAGGAGCCAGAAGUCAGCUCACAACACUCAUAAAGCCUCAAUAUAUCGCCUUACACAUGUCAGGAAAUCCAAGAUUUCAAUAUUAUUCUAAGCCUGAAUGAUAUUUCCUUAGAUGUUAGAGAAGUGUAACAUAUCUAUUUUUUCCCCCCUUUUUUCCUUCCACCAAAGUAGUCUUCUACUUAGAAGUGACAAAGUCAGCUCCCUGCUCAGCUGCACAUAAUCUGACUAUGUGACACAAACAUGAUAAAUUUUUUUCCAUAAGGCUCGUAUGUUUUAUAAACCACUCAAGGCUUAAUGGAAUACAUUUCUAAUGUGUCAUGACAUUAGUAAAAAAACUCAAACCGAAUACUAAAUCUUAUGAUACCUUAGACACAUUCUCAAAUGUAUACUUUUUCUUUUUUUUUGAAACUUCAAAUCGUUACCAUUGUUAAACUUGUACACUGUGAAAUCCUGCCUCUCCUGCCUACUGUGUGUAUGGUUUAAGGCUUUUGUGGAUUAUCUUUUCUGCUGUAAUGAGACAACUGUGGCUGAUGGUUGCAGGCCUAAUUUCCUUUUAAUUUGAUUCAGAUCUCUCCAGGUUUCAGCAAAGAAGUUGGCUUAUUAUUUGAUUUGAUGAGUUUCAUUUCAAGAUACCAUUGCUCAUCUUUCUGCUUUUCAGCUACAAUCAGUUCAUUUUUCACUCCAUAAUUUGUAUAUUGUUGCCUUAGGAAUAAACAAGACUCUGCUCACUGUUUUUUUAAUAAUAUCCAGCAAGCCAUAUGUGAAUGGAACUAAAGAUGUAAGAGCAGCCUAAAUCCAAAGCACAGUCUGCAAAUAAAAGGGGACUAAUUUUGCCAGUUGCUCUUGAAGACAAUAUUUUUUGCAGAUGGUUUAUAUGUUGUAUUGGUUUAAGAAACACGCCUGUAUUUUUUUUAAUCGCAGUACAAGCCUUUUGAUUUUAUGAAACCGCGAGUGUCCUAUCAGGUCACAGAUUUUUCUUAUAUUCUCAGUGUUUCUCUCGUGCUCCUUGAUCCAUUUCGGUUUUAAACGACUGUCUUUAAAAAUGAUUUGACAUUUUCUGCAGCUCAAUAAUUACUCUACUUUAACAUGAUUGAUUUCAUUUUUUGCAAUUAACCCAUUAAACCUGUCAAAAGCAAAUAAAACGAACUUUUGCAUCUUG